AUGACUUUUGAUGCUGCUGACAGACGACUAAGCGAUCAGUUACGGAAUGCCAAGGAAAUGGGAUACAGUGAUACGGAGGUCUGGGCAGCGCUGGAAUGGACUAAUAAGGAUAGUUGUGAUAAGGUAGGGCUUCGGAAAUUUCAAUGUGACUCGUUUAACAGUUUUUAUAAAUGUUUUUUUGCAAAUUUUUUUACUUGUACUGUGAAAUUUUAAUAAUUAAAAUUUGAUUACUUUUCGCCCUGUGCGAGUAAGGACAUAGAUAUUAUAGGUGACAAAAUUGUAUUUAGCGAGCCUCUAAGUUUAAAUUUAAUAUUAUUUUUAACCACUAUUGCGAUUUUAGCAAAAUUUUUCGACCUCUUUAAAAUGCACAGUGCACCCAAAAAAACUGCACGGUGCAGAUCAAAAAUAGGUUCCUAAAAAUUCCAAAAAAAUGCCAGAUUUUCGUUCAAAAGCAUUCUUAAUGCCUUCAGAGUUUCACUCACAAAUUUAAUUUUCAUUUCAGCCAUUUGAGCCGUUUGAAUCGAUCAGUUCGAUGAUCGAUGCCUUGAGUUACAUCCAGAAGGAGAAGCGCGGUUCUCCCACAAAUUUCAACUCUCCAAGUCUUCGAUCGAGUAUCUCUCGGUUCCCAAGCUCAUCAGCGAUCGGUGGAUGCCACGAAAAAGAUAUUGAUGGCGCUGCCACCUUACCUUGGUAUGUUGUUUUAGAUAUUGAUGACUAUUCUUUGAUAUUUGAAGUCUAAUAUUCUGAUCUUUUAGGUCCGAAAGGACACGAAUCAAGUGUCAAGGGCGUGGAAAGAUUUUCGGAGAGGGUUCCUCGAUCAUUCGGACGCUUCGAGAUUACGAAUCUCAUGGCCCCGACCCAACCCGAGAGGUCCACCGAUCCCAAUCCUUGAAGAAUCUCCGACGAUUUCCGUCGGCCACAUCUUUGCAUCGAAGUCUGGACUACUCUCUGCCCGAUUAUAGUCAUCAUUCGAGCAAGGUUCAGGUCAAAAGCUCCAUUCAACGGCUGAUUGACACCUUUGAAAACGAAAAUCGCCGACAUUUCGAGGAAUUUCAGCAAAUAAAUCAUGAACUUAGAGUAAGUUGGAAAAAAUACAGUAUAAUAUUGUUCUAGAGGAAGCUGGAGAACAGUCUGAACGAAAACGAAAGCCUCAGGGAUCUUCUGAAAUUGAGGGAUGAGAAGAUUCGACAACAAGAAGUGCUGUUCAAAAAUUACGGGGAGAUCGAAAAGCGAUUGGAGAAUGCGAAUAGGAGAAUUCAGGAUAAUGUAUGUGGCCUGAUUUUCUGCUUCUUAUAGGCAAAAACUUUAUUUUUGUAUAUUGUGUAAUCAAUAAUUUCUCGAUUUUGCGUAGUGCGCUUGGAAAAUUUUUUGUUUCGCACUGUGCAGUUUGAAAAUUUUUUGUUUCGCACAGUGCGGUUGGAAAUUUCUCGACUUCGCACGGUGCGGUUGGAAAAUUUUUUAUUUCGCACGGUGCAGUUGGAAUUUUUUUGUUUCGCACUGUGCGGUUAGAGAUUUUGUUUGUCUUGCACUGUGCAUAGCACUGUGCGAUUCGCUAAUUUUUGAAUUUUUCAUUUCUCACGUCAGCCGUCAAAUCUUUGAUGCUGAUGUCGCACCGUGAAAUCAAAAAAUCUCUCGGUUCUUACUGUGAAAUCAUCAAUUUUUUUGAAUUUGCACAGUGCAACCGAACGAACUUUUUUCCGCGCCGUGCAGCCGGAAAUUUUGGAUUUUUGGACCGCUCUAACUUCCUAGUUGUGCACUGUGCAAUCAAAAAAUUUUUAUUCUUAUUGUGCAAACAUCAAUUUUUUGAAUUUGCACAGUGCAGACAGAAAAAUAGUUUUUUCGCACUGUGCAACCAAAUGAACUUUUUUCGCACAGUGCAGUCCACAUUUUUUUUAAAACGCUUGAAAACUUUCUAAUUGUGCACAUUCUUUUCUUUUUUCAAUUUGCACUGUGCAGCCGAACUAACUUUUCCGCACGGUGCAGUUGACAAUCCUUUUUGGACCGCUCGAAAACGUUAGAAUUGUGCACUGUGCAAUCAUGAAGCCUCUAAAUUCUAUUAACAAUGUAAAUCUAAAAAGAUUACACUGUAUUUUACCUUUCAUUCCAACAUUUCCAGCUGAAAGACAUUCAACUCCGAGAAGCGGACAUCGUGCGCCAACAAAGGGAUUACGAGGCGUUGCAGCGACGUCACGACGCCGAGAUGAGAAAAGCCGACGAGGUGGGGGCGAUUUACAUAUUUUUUGGAGCAUUCUGACGAUAUUCGCGAAUAACGGGAAAUGAUUGCAGGUUCGGAAUAGUCUGAAUGACGAAAUCGCCAGAUUGGUCAAGGAGAAUGAUCGGUCGCAUCGUGCGGUCAGGGAGAUCAAUGAUCUUAGAGACAUGGUAAGUUUAUGUGGUAGUUAUUAAAUGUCUUUUAAGGGAAUGUUGUAGUAUUUAGACGCUUUUAAAGACACUUUGAAAUGACAUUAUUGGCAAAGUUUUUGAAAAAAAAAAUCUUUUUGAUGACUUUUCCCGAAAACUUUUUAAAGACUUUGUAUAGCCAUUUGGUCGCUAAAAAAGCUCAUCUUGAGUAAAAUAUCUAAUCAAAACCUCUGUAAACUGAAUACAACUAGUUUUAAGAUCAAAUCGAAAGAUCGUCAGAUCCAUCAGCUCAGCCAAGAGUCCAAUUCCGAGGUCACUCGCCUAAGCUCCGAAGUAGACAGACUAAGUGAAGAAGUCCGAGAAUUGGAGCAAAGACAAACUCAAGGACCCGUCUGCGGGGUCUGCAUGGAUUCUAGAGUAAGUUUACUACAUUGUCUAAAAGUUUUGUUACAGUAAGAUAUGUCAGUAAAAAGUUAUAAUGAUCUGAAACAUAGUAUGUCAUCAAAAUGUUAUUUUUUCCAGAGAGAAGUAAUCUUCAUGCCCUGUCUUCACUUCACUUGCUGCAAGGGUUGUGCUGACGCCAUGGAUCAUUGCAGUAUCUGCCGGCUUCGAAUCAUGGGGAAGAUUGAAUUCUUCCAGUAA